UUUUUGUUUAAAUAAGAGCUUUAGUUUUCUUUUGCAUUAAUAAAUAAAAAGAAUGAAUGUAAUAUGUUUAACCGACAUGUCGUAAGCAAUGCACGGCUCAAGAAAAGUGGACGUUGGAAAUAAAACGAAGACACAGACAGUUAGUAAUGUUAAGGGAAAGCCUAAAAAUGAUACAAAUAAAGGGCAAAACCUUGGACCAGUAGCUGGAGACCAGGAACCAGAAAAUGAUCCUGCCCCGUCCAAAAAGGAGCAGGACGCUGACAGUAACGAGAAUGGUGUCAAAAAACAUGCAGACAUCACUGACCCAGAGUUGGAGCUGAAGCGAUGGAAAAAUCCCAAGAAAUAUGGUAAACCGGACUUUGCUAAAAAAGAACGGCCUGGCGAAAGUAAACAGUUCUUCUUCCCACGAUACUUCCACCAUGGCGCAGAAUGGCAGAUUGCAGCCAACGAAACAGCAUCUCACUGGUUGACCACAGAAAAAUCUUACAAAUCCAAGUGGAUCGACACACAUCAAAUCAAACAACGCCAAGCGGAUAGAGGAAAUCUCCAAUCACGGUGGAGAGAAAAGAGAAAGGACGAUGUGGAUCAUCGGUUUGGAGUAUCAAAGCACGGUGUCCCAGUGAAACUUGGGGGAAAAGGACAACCAGGUGAAGCAAUGUUGGCUCGCUUAGAGGUAUGGCGUGAUCCAACGGGAGAAGUCAAAGAAUAUCACGAGGAGCUGACUUCAGAUAAAGUUCACACAGGCCAAGAUUUCCCAUCAGACGUAGAGAAAAGCUUAAGCAAAAGAAAAUCCGUCCAUUCGUUGGACCACGGAGACCCUUACUAUUUUGGAGAUCCGUAUGUCGAAGACCCGUCCCGUUUCUACUCGGAAAGGAGAAAGAAAAAACUGCCUAAAAACUUGGAGUCUCCACCAGGCACGGAAGUAGAAUUCGAUUCCCCACCACCAUCCCCAAAACCUAAAGGUGUAACCCCAACUAUCCCAUCUCCUCAACCACCAACACCAGCGGCCCCACAAAGAAAAAUAGAACACCGAAAACCAGCUCCAGUUCCAAAGAAAGCACCAUUGCCUUCUUUCCCUGUGAUUAUUCAGGAACCGAAAAGACCAGUUACCAGACCUUCAACUCGGCCUCCCCUGGACUUGGACAAGUACGACUAUGUGUAUUUCAACGCUCGACGUGCAUGUACCCUUCCACCAAGAAGACCAACUCCCAUUUACGUGGAUGACACAAUAGGAACAAGACACAAAUACUGUCCUUCCGGGCUGGCCUGUAUCUACGUAAAUAAAUUAGAUUAUGGAAAAAUUCCCCAGUACUUAAAGGAAAGGAAUAAAGAGCUGGGAAGACCUCCGGAACCCGAUUUUCGUAGAUUUUACACACCUCACGUAUGCAAGUCUAAUUUCGGUCAACGCUGUCAGCUAUGUGGCCAACCUGCAGCCACUGGAGAUCAAAAUCAGUCUCUGAGCCUGGACAAGUCUGGACCUGGAGACUCCUUUGCAAAAAGAAAGUUAAAGAAAGUAAAGGGCAAUCGAGCCACAACUGGGCGUGGGUACAAUGACCCAAGAAAUUGUUCCCCAUCUGAAUGCCAAGUAAAGGAUCUCAUCGAGCUCGUAAGGAAAUCUUCCGUCCCACUCAGCGAAGGGGGAUUGAGUGGUCAAAUAUUUCCUCCAGAAAUGGUGCCAGCUCCGCCCUCCGACUUCAUGGACUCGGUUGAUGACAUGGGAGUCGUGUCAAGGCGAGCCCCACAUUCGGCCACAAAGCAUGUGCAAGCAUGGAAUAACAACAGAGCUUCAGGAGAGAAAACAAAACGGCCAAGAACUUACGACGUCCAUACUUUCAAGCCAACCCCUACUUCUGAUGAUCAUCCUUCAGACGUUCGCAAAAGUGUUGCCGUUCCUCCUCGCACGUUUAAGUUGAAAAAGAACCAGCAUAAAUUACGAUUCGGCCAGAGCAGGGUGAGUCGUGUCGUGGUGCCUCUGAACGAUGAAGUCCGGGGGGGAGCCGGGCCGAAAAAGGAGACGAAACGUGCCCUGAGACGAGGAACACCGCACGUGGCAUCUCAUUUCCAGCACCAUCGUGAAGAAGGUCACGGAAGCCCAAAGUCUCCACCCUCUCUGGAAACCCUUCAUCGGGGUGAACAUGUGACUAGUUCAGCUGAAACGACGAAAUGAUCAAACACGAUCCAGAUUUCCGUCAUUAUCAUUAAUUAUUAAAUACAAAUGCAUAGUUUUCACAAAUUUUUCACCAACACACGAGAUGACAUGAAAGUUGUUUUAUGCUAUUAUAUAGUAUAUACGGGAAAAAUAUACUAAUUUUAUUACAACAGUUGCUCGAUCCAUAAUAUUCAGCUUCGGAAUAAUGCGAUUUAUUAUUCAUAAAUAUUCAUAAACUGAACGCUCAACUUGCUCAUCCAUGGAGCAUCAUUCUUAUACAGGUUGAGCGUAGACGCAUCAUUAAUUGUGACGACAAGUUAUCAUAAGCAUGAGCAUAAUUAUUCUAAAGGUGGUAUUGUCAGCAUAAUAAGUCGAAUUUGUCUAGAAGCACAUGCAUGUUUACCAUUAUUGCACAAGUCUUGUUAAGAUAUUGAGGGACAGAUCUUACCAUAUCUUUCGCUCAACAUUAUAAGCAGAUACAUAACAAAUGCAAGUCGUGUCCUAUUUAGUAUUCUUUCGGACUAAAAAACUCCACGAGCAACAAACGUAGGCCAGUGUACCUGGGUGUGAUAUGUGUUGUGAUUUGAGGUACAGGUAAUUGUUAAACCGGAUAAUGAGAGUAACACACAUUGAAUAUAGUAGACAAAAAGUUUCGCAUUCCGUCCAUGGAAUAUUUGCACACCCAACUGUCAGACGAGUCGAGCGUUAAUUUAAUAUCACGAAUAUAUAUGAGAUACAUACCUCAGGGCUUUUUGCUUAAAAGAAACCUACCUGUUAAAAUUCAUACAAUUAUUGUUUCUAUGCAUGUGCGUUGCGACAAGGGAGCAGGUUACUGCUCUUGUACACAUUUAGAGUUUCCUUAUCCAUUUCACGGCCAAUUUGCAAUUAUUGUCCAAUUUUCACGUUUGUUUAAAUUAUGAAACAGUGUCGGAUGGUAUUCU